AUGCCGCGCAUCCGCACGAGCCGCACGCGCGCGCCGCCGGCGGGCUUUGAGGACAUUGAGCCGAUCCUCGAGGAGUAUGAGACCAAGAUGCGCGAUGCCGAAAACGAGUCGCAGGAGGGCAAGCGGAAGGCCGAGGGCGUGUGGGGCAUCCUGCGCGUCACGCACCUGCGCUCCCGCUACAUAUACGACCUGUACUAUAAGCGCGAGGCCAUUAGCCGCGAGCUGUAUGACUGGCUCCUCGAGCAGGGAUAUGCGGACGCAGCUCUGAUCGCCAAGUGGAAGCGCACCGGCUACGAAAAGCUGUGCUGUGUGCGGUGCAUCCAGUCGCGCGAUAUGAACUACGAGGGGUCGACGUGUAUCUGCCGAGUGCCGCGCGCCCAGCUGCGGCCCGGCACCUUUGUCGAAUGUGUGCACUGCGGUACGUCCCUGCGGCUGACGCCAGGCUGUCGCGGCUGCAGCUCGUCCGACUGA